GAGAAAGAGAGAGAGAGAGGCUUCGCCUGCUGGAGGAAGAAAGUACUGCUCUGGAUAUAUCAGUACAAAGUGAAACCGAAAGAGAAAAGUCUGUUUUUGUGGCGGACAAACGCGGUUAUUUGCUGGCAGCAAUAAGAGAUGAAGCUACAAUCAUUAAAAGACGUAUAACUUUCUGAAAUCAUGUCAAGUGAGCGUGAAAAAAUGACCUCUGAAAUGGGUCUACCGGAAGACCUUCGAAAAAUAGAAAGACCGAGGUCUCCUGUAUCCAGCUGUGUGUCCUUUAAGAGUGACCAGUCAAUGCCACUCUCCAUCCACUUUAAAGAUGGAACAAACCUUCAGGAAAGUGGAAAUAAGAAAAGGCCAAGUUCCCCCUUAUUGAGCUGUGUGUCCUUUAAGAGUGACCAGUCAAUGCCGCUGCCUAUCCACUUUAAAGACGGAACACACGCUCAGGAAAGAAAAAAAUCCUUCCAGGCUACACCACAUACAUGUAGCACUGACAGAACACCAGGGAUACCGUCAAAGAGAAGAUAUCAUACUGAGCCUGCAGCUGCUGUAAAAAGUGACAAUAAAGAAAGCAAAAAGAUUACAGACCCGCUCUACAACAUCUUCAAUGGUGUUGAAAAUAAAAUGAUUGUGUUCAUAAAACACGAGCUGGAGAUGUUUAAGAGACUUUUAAGAGACAAAAACACAAAAUAUUAUGGAGAUGAGAGGGAAGAUCUUUGGAGUGUUAAAGACGCAGCUCUUAAUAUGGCCUUGUACUUCCUGAAGUUGAUGGAACACAGUGACCUCGCUGAUGCUCUCCAAGAUGCCCUAAUAGGAUUCCAGCAACGUAAACUCAAAUCAAACCUGUGUAAGAAGUAUAAUCGUGUAUCAGAAGGAAUUGCAAAGCAGGGAGAGUCCAACAAUCUGAACAAGAUCUACACAGAUCUGUACAUCACUGCUGGUGGAAGUGGACAAACGAAUGAACAACAUGAGGUGAGACAAAUUGAAAGACAAAAAACUAGUGUGAAAACUGAAAAAAGUCAAAUGGACUUGGAGGAACAAAUUGAAUGCAAAAGCAUUUUCGCACCAUUACCUGGAGAAGAAGACAAACCCAUCAGAACUGUGGUGACACAGGGGGUCGCUGGCAUCGGGAAAUCCAUCUGUGUGCAGAAGGUUGUUCUAGACUGGGCUGAAGGAAAAGAAUAUCAGGACAUCAAGUCCAUAUUCCCACUGCCUUUCAGAGAACUGAACCUGAAGGACAAGGGCAUUUACAGUUUGAAGGACAUCAUCUAUCAAUUUUUUCCAGAAGCAAAAGAAAUGAGAUUCACAGAUAAGUAUAAAGUCAUGUUUAUCUUCGAUGGCCUGGACGAGUGUCGACUUCCUCUAACAUUUGGUGAAAAUGAGAAGUGGACUGAUGUAUCAAUGCCAACCUCACUGGACACUAUAAUGACAAACCUCAUUGAAGGAAAUCUGCUUCCGUCUGCUCUCAUCUGGAUAACCACUCGACCAGCAGCAGCUGCUAAGAUCCCUGCUGAACACGUGGACCGGGUCACAGAGGUGCGCGGCUUCAAUGAUGAUCAGAAGGUGGAAUAUUUCAGAAAGAAAAUCAGUGAUGAGACUCUGGCCAACAGAAUCAUUGAUCAUGUUAAAGGAUCGAGAAGCCUCUUCAUCAUGUGUCAUAUUCCUGUCUUCUGUUGGAUUUCAGCUACUGUACUUGAGGGGAUUUUGGGACAAACAGACAGUGAAGACAAUCCACAGACUCUGACAGAGAUGUACACGUACUUCCUCAUCUUUCAGAUUGUACAGGGGGACAAGAAAUAUAACAGUAAGACUGCCUCAGACAUUCCGUGGGAUAAAGAGGGAAUUCUUUCACUGGGAAAUCUCGCCUUUAGUCACCUGGAAAACAACAACCUGAUUUUUUAUGCACACGAUCUGGAAAAGUGUGGAAUUGACCCCAGUAAAAUAGCGGUGUACUCAGGAGUGUGUACUCAGGAGACUGGCAGAUUCUUAGGCACAGUCUUCAGCUUUGUACAUCCCAGCAUUCAGGAGUUUGUUGCUGCUUUAUUUACAUACGUAUCUUUUAGAAAUGAAAACAAGAAUGUUUUUAAACGAUCAGAAGAGAGCAAAGAAACAGAAGUUAUUAAUUUGCUCAAGAUGACAGUGGACAAGGCCUUAGAGAGUGAGAACGGACACUUGGACCUUUUCCUCCGAUUCCUUCUGGGUCUCUCAGUGGAGUCUAAUCAGGAGCUCAUUCAAGGUCUGCUGACACACACAGGAAGCAGCUCUGACUGCAAAAAGGACAUAGUCGACUACAUUAAGAUUAAGUUUGAACAAAAUCCAUCUCCUGAAAGAUCAAUCAAUCUGUACUACUGUCUGAAGGAGUUAAAUGAUGAUUCACUGAUGAAAGAGAUCCAAAGCUACUUGAGCUCAGGACGUCUCUCUGAAGCUGAACUCUCACCUGCUCAGUGGUCUGCUCUGGUCUUUGUGUUACUGACAUCAGAGGAGGAUCUGGAAGUGUUUGUGCUUCAGAAGUUCAUAAAGUCAGAUGAAUGCUUUAAGAGACUGCUGCCAGUCGUACAGGAAGCCACAACAGCCCUACUCAGUGAGUGUAACCUGACAGAGAGAAGCUGCUCAGCUUUACACACAGUUCUCAGAUCAGAAUCCUCCAAGCUGACUGAGGUGGAUCUGAGCAGGAAUCCUCUGGAGGACUCAGGAGUGAAGCUGCUUUGUGCUGGACUGAAGAGUCCAAACUGUAAACUAGAGACACUGAGACUUUCAGACUGCAGUAUAAGAGAGGAAGGAUACACUGCUCUGGCUGAAGCUCUGAAAUCAUCUCACCUGAUAGAGCUGGAUCUCAGAGGGAACGACCCUGGAGACUCAGGAGUGAAGCUGCUCACUGAUUUACUACAGGAUCCAGACUGUACACUGAACACACUGAGUUUGUUAAAAAGUCCUGAAGCAGAGGAAGCCUGUAAAUCUCUGACUGAGGUUCUGGGUACAAACCCCUUACUGCAGACAGAACUGGAUCUGAGUGGGAAAAUAAAAGGAGACUCAGGAGUGAAGCAGCUCUCUGUUCUACUGGAGGAUUCACACUGCAGACCUCAGACACUCACGCUAAAGGACUGUGGUGUUAGAGAAGAAGGCUGUUCUGCUCUGUCUUCAUCUUUACAGUUAAACCCUGCACACAUAAGAGAGAUGGAUCUGAGUGAGAAUAAGUUUGGAAACUCUGGAGUGCAGAAGCUUUGUGCACUGCUGCAGCAUCGACCCUGUAACCUGCAAAUACUGAGACUUUCAGACUGCAGUAUAACAGAGGAAGGAUACACUGCUCUGGCUGAAGCUCUGAAAUCAUCUCACCUGAUAGAGCUGGAUCUCAGAGGGAACGACCCUGGAGACUCAGGAGUGAAGCUGUUCACUGAUUUACUACAGGAUCCAGACUGUACACUCAACACACUGGGAUUGUUCAAAGGAAUAACAUGUUCCGUGAUGAGGCAGGAUGAGAUGGCAUAAAUUGUUUUGUGCAAUCCAAAACUUUUCACCAUGGUUUGAUACAGGUAUCAAUACAGUAUGUAUUCAGGCAAUGUAAAAAAUGGAUCACCCAUAAUAUAUUUACAUAUUUUUUUAAAAUUAUAACGGGCAGUAAAUUAUGCAGAAUAAUGCACGCAUAAACAGGCUAAACUGAACAUGCUGGCCAAUGUGCCAUGCAGAGACCCCUACACCUCCAAAGGUGCAACUUCUUUGCCAUGAAGGAGAGAAUUCCUGCAUAAGUUGGAGCAAGGUGCAAAGACCUCCUUGCUUGUGGCAGAGCCAGCUGUAUUACAUUGCAUACAUAAACAGGAAAUAAGUAUUCAGACAUUUUUGUUUUUGAUAUUUAAUAUUUCUCCAGUAUUUAUGUCUACUUCAAAAAUUUUGACUUUGUGUUCAGAAAUCAGUACAAAAAGUAUGUAUGUGUGAACAGUUCCAGCUUUAAAAAUGUGUGGAAGUUGGACUACUGAUCAGCUGGUCACAGAUAACCCCAGCACCACCAAACUAUCAUUGUUGGGCCCUUGAGGAAGGCCCUUAAGUGCUGAGAUGUAUAAUGAUAUACAUUUAAGUUGCUCUGAAUAAGAGUGUCUGCAAAAAUGGCAUAAGUGUAAAUAUUAAAAAUGUGUGUAAUGUUUACCUAAAUAGGAAUAAAAUGUAUGUACUGUAUAUAGUUUCAAGGAUGAGUCUUUGGUCUUUAUAGAUUUAUCAGUCUGUCUCUAACAAGCAAGAUGGGGUAUCAGUGAGGGAAAACUUUGGAAAAAUGACAGCAGCCAAAAUAAAUCAGUUGCAUUUCAAAGUCAUUUGUGAAAUUGCCACCAGGUGGCGCAAAGUGACAUUUUCACUCGCCCCAGUUUUAAAAUAUAAUUAAGUCAUAAAAAUACUGUAUGUUGUAUCGAAGAAAUACAAUAGUGUUUUCAUCUGAGGCAACAUUUGUUCUUCGAGGUUUUGUCUUUCAUUAAAAUAUUUCUUCACCCAUGAAAAUUGGUGACAGAGGAAACCUGAAAAACGCUAAUUAUUUUCACAAAACCCAAAAUAUGUAAGGCAAAAGGAUCAUGGAAUCAUGACA